CUGCUAGAGACUAGAUCUAGAACUGCGGGCCGUAUUAUAGUGCCCGUGGUGAAUCUUCGUCUUCCGCGCUCGCGCAUGCACGUGCCAUUAUUUGCAGCAGAGAAUGUGAGCACUCUUCUUGGUUCAUCAGCGUCAGCCACGCGACUUUUUUUUAUUUACAAAUACUAGAAAAACGAAAAGAUGCAAGUGAUCCUCGAGAACGCGAGCGCGGAGCUGUCGAACGACGUUUUGUCCCGUUUCCAGGAAAACUUCCGGCUGCUCGACACCAACAAGGACAGCAAGUUGAGCCACAAGGAGGUUGGGAUUCUGCUUCGCGCCUUCGGGCAGAACCCCACAGAUGAGGAUCUCAGCACGAUGCUGCAGGACUUACCCGCACUCGUGGACUUCGACCAGUUUUGCGAAUUCUUUAAAGCAAACUACGCAUUGCAAAUAUGUCUGGGUCUGGAAGGGAGGCUGCGAACUUGUGAUGCGUGUUGCGCAUCCUGCAAAAAUCAGUGUUGCAUGGCUUGCAAAAGACGCCUAUUUCUGGCCAUACUGAGAGGGCGUUUCUCAUGCGGAAUAGGCAUCACUAAGGGGCUGCAGAACCUGUGAUGUUGGGCCCUGCAUUUCAGACUUGGCGGAGCUUGGACAAACAGCAUGACAAAUCUCGGAACCUUCCAGACCCCGACAUAUUUGCAUUUCAUACAAACUACCGCCCGCCAAUAUCCGAGGACGUACUCGUGCAGGCUUUUCAGGUACUACACAGAUUAUACCUGCGAUAAAAUGGAACUUGAGAGGACAUGAUGCGCCAAGAUAGAGAACGUGAUGGCCUCCACCAUAAUGGUAGGCUGUGCUCUACUUCGGACUUACCACGACAAGCGCUAGUGAUGUGCAGCUACUCGAUGAUGAGAUAAGGAGUAAGAAUAACGAACUGCACACUCACAUCAAAUGGUGGCUCUCGAGCAUGACAACCUUCAUUCAACAACCCUAUCUAGGUGUUCGACGUAACCGACAAAGGAGUACUAAACGUCGAAAAGUUUAAGGACGUUAUGGCCAGUCUUGGGGAACCGCUUCCGAUAUCACAAAUCGCAGAGAUUAUGAACGAGGUAUGUUGAUGUUGAUGUCUCUAUUGAAGUGAAUAAACUCAAAAUUGAAGAACUACUAGGAUGCAAAUUAUUUGGUCGUGUGUCAGCGCCAGCGCGUUGUUCUAAAAACACACAAGGUUGACGUCGACGACGACGGAAAUUUUGACUACGUUGCAUUAGCGAAGACGCUUUGCCAAGGACCAAAGGGACUGCCGAUUCACUAGGUGGGCUGCGAUGGAUAAGUAGAAGGGCGCGUGGGUUCUUGAAGUUCUUGGUCCGCACGCUGCCACGAGGUUCUUUUUUCGCCGAGCGGUUUUUUUUGCAACACGACCAACCUGAGCAGCGUAUAGGCAAUUCGGGGAACAGGGAUCGCAGAUCGUCCAAGAUGAAGAGAAGAGGAUCCAUCGAUGCAAGUCAUGCCGGUUGAUGUGUUCAGAUUUUGCAGGAAGACAAAAUUAUUCCGAACCACGAGAACACAGCUGGUGCCUCAUUGGAACUGAUGAAAAGGAAAAUUGUCCUCGUCGAGAAUACAGCAGCAAGGGCAUUGCUAGGAGUUACAACAGGAAAGCGCCACUGUGCUCCUGCGUGACAGGGGCGAAAGUGGAAGAAUAUUAAAUGAGCAACAGCUACCUACACCUAUUCGCAAGAUAGUACCUGGUGGUUGAGGAUCGUGUUGCAUCCCGUCGUUUCUCGUCACAAAUGCAAGAAGACCAAAACAAGGAUUUGGCUUCGCGUGUGAGUGUGUAGCGAUUGAUCUUUAAGAACCGACGGGACCCAUUUAUUUAUUAGUGGUGAGCGAAUCUUCUUCUUCAACGCAGAAUGAAAGGACCCUCUUCUAACAUAACAACAUAUCGCCGCCAACGAACAUGAUCGCCAUCGUCUUUUACGACUCUU